UUUACUUUUGGCUUUGAAGAGUCAGAGAACAGUUGUGAUUCUGCAGGCAUUUAACCCGUCAUGCCUAUUUAUUACAGCCUAAUAGCUCGAGGAACAACAAUCCUCGUAGACUAUACCGAAACUACGGGCAACUUUCAGCAAGUUACGGCUACAAUUUUGGAUAAAAUUCCUUCCAACAACACGAAGUGUACUUAUGUCUCCGGAAGUUACCAGUUUCACGUGAUAGUGGAUGAUGGGUUGAUAUUUCUCUGCAUGGCUGAUAAGGARWUUGGGAAGAGUCAGCCUUAUGCAUUUUUGGAAGAGAUAAAAAGAAGAUUUUGCAACUCAAGUUUGAAGCAAAGAGCAAGGAAUGCUCAUGCAUUUGAAUUCAAGAGGGAUUUUGCCCAAGUUCUUGCUUCACAAAUGACAUUGUUCUCAGAGCCAGGCAAUUAUGGUAACGACAAUCUUAGUAAAGUAAAAAGAGAAGUGGAAGAUGUCAAGGAUGUCAUGACAAAAAACAUAGAAAAAGUGCUAGAGAGGGGAGAGAAGAUUGAAAUUUUGAUGGACAAAGCAGAAAACCUUGAUAGCAGUGCUCAAACUUUUCAAAGACAUUCAACUCAUCUACGCAAACAAAUGUGGUGGAAGAAUACUCGUCUUACUCUUAUUCUCAUAUUCCUUGUAUUGCUUCUGAUAGCAGUCAUAGUCUUGAUUGUACUUGGAGCUCUUGGCAAGUUAUAAGACAGUAUUGAUAAUAUUAAUUAAUCAUCAAUGGAAUUGAUAAAUCAAACGAAAUUUACUACUUUAAUAGGACAACUUGAAACAGACUUUCAAUGAUAUAUUUUCAACUUUGAAAACAGUUUUAACAAUAUAUCAGUGAAACGCUAAUUACUAAAUUGUUCAAAAUAGUGCUAGUUAAACAAAAGAAAACAAUAGAAUUAGCAUAAAAUAGUGUAAGUUAGUAUUACUAAUAUUUCACAGAUAGAGUGCAUGCACUAAAGCCGUGAACAUUAAACAGUACCAAUUAGUACUAUUUCAUGCAGAAUCCUUUGUUUUCUAUUGUUUAAUUAUCACUAUUUAGUGCUAAAAAUUAGUAUUUGUUUCACGGAUUUAGUGUGAGCACUCUAUAUUGUUUGCACUCUACUUUUGAAAAACCUGAUAAUUUUGUAAUUAUUGAAUUUAUGAACUAGGAGUAAUUUAACCUAAGAAAUGGAAAUUUUUUCAUAACUUUCCCCAUUCCUAAAGUGUCAAAAAAAGCUUUGCUGCAAAAAAAUAGGACCUCCCCUUUCCUUCCACCCAACCCCCACCCCACCCCUCCCAUAUACACACUCAAACUAUAUAAAGAUACUUAUCAAUUAAUCAUAUAGAGCUAUAAAAAAGACAAAGAUAAGCAAUAAUUGUCGAUUAGUAUAUGUAAUAGGACUCCAUGCUGAAAAUUCCGAGGACUGACAAAAUUGGAAGAGGCCAUAGGCCUAGUCCAAUUUGGCAGUCAG